CCUACGGCGGACACAAAGACGCCUUUUUUGUAUGACUUCCAGAGGCAAUUAAUGAAAGGCCGACUUGUCCCGAUCGGCUGCGAGCCCAGUUGGCCCGAUAACCUCAAAUCGACUAGCCCUAAUUAUCUUGACGACAAUGGUACUUGUCCACUUAAGGCAAUCGCCCAAAUCAACCCUCCACUAGACACCACAACGACCAGCUGGGACUGGUGGCCGGAUGUGCUGGUUCUGGAAAGGAUCAAUCGGUAUGAUGUGAUUGUUUGA